GUGUGUGAUUCUGAGUACUAGGGAUCCAGGCAAUGCCAAGAAGCCCAGAGGGCUGCUUUGGUGUAGUGAGAAGGCUGAGUAUUACGGAGAUUGUGCCACCUGUCUGUUCUCACACUACCCCCACACAUCGCUUUGCUUUAUGUAAACACUGCUUACUCUAGAUUUGUGGCAGAACUUCCCAGGAAUUCAGAUAUCACGAGAUACCUGCAUAUUCUGUCUGGGAUGUAUGGACAGUGUGACAAUGUCUCAUCUAUCCUGUACCUUCAACAAAACUAACACGACUCAAUAUGUACCAAGAAAGCUUUAUAAAAUCCAGAAGAUUGGGCACCUGACAUCAAGGAUGCUGGAUAACUGAUGAAAUAUUAAGAAACAGAUACAGAGAGAUGUACUAGACGCCUGUCAGAACUCUGAGACACGUUUGAUUUUGAUUGAGAUUUAGUGUCGCCAGAAAAGCUAAAAUCUUAACCUGGUUGCACAUCUCGCUUCAUGGAAAUAGGACGAGGGAUGAAAUAGAGGAAGUCACAGUAAGUUCACUUGAAAUCCAAGGGUGAUCCUUAACAUCUUUAAACCUGAAGCAGAACUCGUUAAACAUCCAAGGAAUCUACUAGUGCUCCAACCUCAAUUUCAAGAAAUAAAUUAAGAGUCUGUUUUUUAUUUUUAGCUAAGGAAACUGAGAAAGCUUAGACACCUGAAAAUAUAUUGUUUUUCAACAGAGUGAAAAAGCAUUGCCAUGGAGGAAUUUGAAUUUAGUGUAAAACAACUGCAACCUAAUGUCAUAUCUGUCCGUCUCUAUAAGCGCAAAGAGGGUGGCUUGGGGUUCCUUGUUAAACAGAGAAGGAACAAACCACCUGUUAUUAUCUCUGAUAUAAUCCGAGGUGGGGCAGCAGAGCAAAGUGGCUUGGUGCAGGUCGGUGACAUAAUUUUGGCAGUGAACGAUAGGCCACUUGUUGAUUUCAGCUAUGAAAAUGCUCUGGAGAUCCUACGUAGUAUUGCCUCAGAGACAUUUGUGGUUCUUAUCCUAAGAGGCCCUGAGGGAUACACGACUCAUCUGGAGACCACUUUUACAGGAGAUGGAACACCCAAGACUAUUAGGGUCACCAGACCACUUUGCCCCAAAUCCAAGUCUACUGAUCUAUCAAGUCAGGGCCUGUACAGCAAAGAUCAGCAUAAUAUGGUGGACAGUGCAACAAGUUCUGCUGGUUCUUCUUGGCAGGAAGUCCAUCAGCUUAAUAAUGUAAAUGGACUCGAUGGAGUUAAAGGUGAUGAUAUAAGUAUUAGUCCAUGCCUUAAUGGUGGAGCUGAAAGCAAUGACAUCCUGAAAGAGAUCGAGCCUGUAGUGAAUCUUCUACAGAACACGAGGAUCAAGGAGUUAAAUAAAGAUGGUCAACAUCAAGUGGAACAAAAAGAUGCAGAAGUUCAAGUCGAAAAUAAAUCUCAGAAACCCGGAAAUGAUCAAGCCUACAAUGAUUUAUGGAGAAACAAUAACAACAUGCCAGUGGUUUUGAACAAUCCGUAUCUGGAUAGUGAGCUGGUUCCAACCUCAGGAAGACAUUCCCCUGCAAAAACCCAAGCAAAUGGAAGUCCUUCCAAAUGUCCUCGCUAUCUAAAAAUUCGGAACUGGGAAACAAACGCUGUGUUACACGAUACACUCCAUUUCAAAUCUUCCAUGCCAACACCUUGUUCACAGCAGUUAUGUUUGGGGGCAGUCAUGACCCCCCCUCAAUAUGUGCGCAAACCAGAAGAUGUCAGAACCAAAGAGGAACUAUUACCUCUUGCCAAGGAAUUCAUUGACCAAUAUUAUUCUUCAAUUAAGAGAUUUGGCUCCAAAGCUCACAUGGACAGACUGGAGGAAGUACAAAAGGAGAUUCAAGAAACAGAUACCUACCAGCUAAAAGACACUGAGCUGAUAUAUGGAGCAAAGCAUGCAUGGCGCAAUGCAGCCCGUUGUGUAGGCAGAAUCCAGUGGUCCAAGCUGCAGGUCUUUGAUGCUCGAGAUUGCACAACUGCUCACGGAAUGUAUAAUUACAUCUGCAACCACAUUAAAUAUGCCACCAAUAAAGGCAACCUAAGAUCAGCGAUCACUAUCUUCCCCCAAAGGACAGACGGAAAGCAUGAUUUCAGGGUCUGGAAUGCUCAACUUAUUCGUUAUGCAGGAUACAAACAGGCUGAUGGCUCGGUGUUGGGAGAUCCUGCAAAUGUGGAAUUAACAGAGAUUUGCAUUCAGCAAGGUUGGAAAGCACCACGAGGUCGCUUUGAUGUCCUUCCACUUGUACUUCAAGCGGAUGGCAAUGAUCCUGAGCUGUUCGAGAUUCCCCCUGAGAUGAUUAUGGAAGUCCAGAUCAGGCAUCCAAAAUUUGAAUGGUUUAAGGACUUGGAAUUGAAGUGGUACGGAUUGCCUGCAGUAGCCAAUUUGCUUUUAGAGAUUGGAGGCUUGGAGUUCAGUGCUUGUCCUUUCAGUGGAUGGUACAUGGGGACUGAAAUAGGUGUUCGAGAUUACUGUGACAACUCUCGUUAUAACAUUCUGGAGGAAGUGGCCAAGAAAAUGAACCUGGACACAAGAAAAAUGUCUUCACUGUGGAAAGACCAAGCUUUGGUGGAAAUCAACAUCGCAGUCCUCUACAGUUUCCAGAGCGAUAAAGUUACAAUUGUUGAUCACCACUCUGCAACAGAAUCGUUUAUCAAACACAUGGAAAACGAGUAUCGCUGUCGAGGGGGUUGUCCAGCUGACUGGGUUUGGAUUGUACCACCAAUGUCUGGGAGCAUUACCCCUGUAUUCCACCAGGAGAUGAUCAAUUACCGUCUUACCCCAUCUUUCGAAUAUCAGCCAGACCCGUGGAAUACCCACAUAUGGAAAGGUGUUAACGGGACACCAACCAAGAAGAGAGCUAUUGGAUUUAAAAAGCUGGCCAAAGCAGUAAAGUUUUCAGCCAAGUUAAUGGGACAAGCAAUGGCUAAAAGAGUUAAGGCCACAAUUCUCUAUGCCACGGAAACUGGAAAGUCAGAAGUCUAUGCAAAAACAUUAUGUGAAAUUUUCAAGCAUGCAUUUGAUGCCAAGACAAUGCCUCUGGAGGAGUAUGACAUUGUACACCUAGAGCAUGAAACUCUUGUCUUAGUGGUGACCAGCACUUUUGGAAACGGUGAUCCUCCUGAAAAUGGAGAGAAAUUUGGAUGUGCAAUGAUGGAGAUGAGGCACCCCAAUUCUAAUAUAGAAGAGAGGACGAGUUACAAGGUUCGUUUCAACAGUGUUUCCUCUUCUUCUGAUGCCAAAAAAUCCUCUGGUGAUGAGACAAGACCCAGGGACAAUUUUGGAAGUGCAGGUCCUUUGGCUAAUGUGAGGUUCUCUGUGUUUGGGCUUGGAUCACGUGCAUAUCCCCAUUUCUGUGCCUUUGCCCGAGCUGUGGAUACUCUACUAGAGGAACUAGGAGGGGAACGAAUUAUGAAAAUGGGCGAAGGUGAUGAACUUUGUGGACAAGAAGAAUCUUUCAGAACUUGGGCUAAAAAAGUGUUUAAGGCUGCUUGUGACGUAUUUUGUGUUGGAGAUGAUGUAAAUAUUGAGAAAGCCAACAACUCACUGAUCAGCAAUGAUCGCAGCUGGAAGAGGAGCAAGUACCGAAUCACUUUCAUGGCUGAGGCACCAGAACUAACACAAGCUCUCUACAGUAUUCACAGAAAGAAAGUAUAUGGAGCACGUAUGUUGUGUCGACAAAACUUGCAAAGUUCAAAAUCCAGUCGUUCCACCAUAUUCCUUCGGCUUCACACCAAUGGCCACAAAGAGCUAAAGUACAAGCCAGGAGACCACUUGGGAGUGUUUCCUGGAAACCAUGAAGAACUAGUCAAUGCCUUGAUUGAACGACUGGAAGAUGCACCUCCAGUCAAUCAGCUAGUGAGGGUAGAAAUGCUGGAAGAAAGGAAUACUGCCUUAGGUGUAAUCAGUAAUUGGACAGAGGAGGAGCGGAUCCCACCAUGCACCAUAUUCCAAGCCUUUAAGUAUUUUCUAGAUAUCACCACCCCUCCUACCCCAAUCCUAUUGCAGCAGAUUGCACUGCUUGCAACCAAUGAGAAGGAGAGAGAACAACUGGAGAUCCUGAGCAAGGGUUUGCAGGAGUACGAACAGUGGAAAUGGUAUAAAAACCCAACUAUUGUAGAGGUUCUUCAGGAAUUUCCCUCUAUUCAGAUGCCAUCAUCUCUGCUGCUUACACAGCUACCCCUACUACAGCCCCGUUACUACUCCAUCAGCUCCUCUCCUGAGAUGUAUCCUGACGAGGUUCAUCUUACAGUUGCUGUUGUGACCUACAAAACAAAAGAUGGAAAUGGUCCAAUCCAUCAUGGUGUAUGCUCAGCUUGGCUGAACAGGAUACAGACAGAUGAAGUGGUGCCAUGUUUUGUUAGAGGAGCCCCGACUUUCCAGAUGCCACAGGAUCAGCAUGUACCCUCCAUCCUGAUUGGACCAGGAACUGGCAUUGCUCCGUUUAGAAGCUUCUGGCAGCAACGUCUUUAUGAUAUGCAACACAAAGGGCUGAAACCUUGUCCAAUGAUCCUGGUAUUUGGGUGCCGGGAAUCCAAAAUUGACCACAUCUACAAAGAGGAGGCCAUGCUAGCAAAGAACAAGGGGGUGUUUAAAGAAUUGUAUACAGCAUAUUCCCGAGAACCCAAUAAGCCAAAGAAAUAUGUGCAGGAUGUGCUACGUGAACAGCUCUCCGAAGUAACGUACAAAGCGCUCAGAGAGCAAGGAGGACAUAUAUACGUGUGUGGUGAUGUCAAUAUGGCAGGUGAUGUUUUAAAGACCCUCCAAACCAUUGCGAAACAGUGUGGAAACCUGACAGCUGAGGAGGCCGGAGCAUUUAUCAGCAAACUGAGGGAUGACAAUAGAUACCAUGAAGACAUUUUUGGAGUGACACUUCGGACAUAUGAAGUUACAAAUCGCCUCAGAUCUGAAUCUAUCGCAUUUAUUGAGGAAAGCAAGAAGGACUCUGAUGAUGCUGGUAGAGACAUGAAAUUGAAGACCCAAGAAGUCAGGUUACAGAAGUAGCAUUUGUUAAGAGGAAGGGUUUUCUGUUCAUAACUGGAAUAUUUCAUCCGUCAACAGAUGCCAACUGGUCAUGCAAGCACACUCUUCAUGCACACGGCAUUCACACCUGCAUGUACAGUUUGUGGAAAUAUACAUGAACUGUGUGUACUGCAUGUAUGACACCAAACAACACUUCCAUGUCCAUAUGACAGUGUUGAGAUUUAAAUAUAUAUAUACUUACUUGCUUUAUUCUUCUCACAUAAAGCCCCCCUUUCAAGAUGGGUUUUGUAAUUUCAGCGCAAAGAUAAAUCUUUUUUUAUGGGACUCUGACACCUCUAUGCCUGCUACCCUGUGAUGUCUUUGUCCUGUGCCGAUACGCAUCUACAUCUAUAUAUACAUAUAAAUAUAUAUAUAAAAGACCUAUAUACAGAUAUAUAUUGCAUCUAAUUAUGGAAGUCCAGGUGUUUCGGGUAUAAACUCACUGCCGUGUCUUUGCUUGAGGUUUUUUCAGCUGCAUCUUGAAACAGGAAUGAAAUGCAAAAAAAAAUUUAAAAAGUUAAAAAUUAAAAAAAAAAUUGCAAAACUAAAGAAACAUUUUCUGGUGCAUGAAGGUGACUCGUUUUCCUCAGGCCUUGUUUGACAGUCUUGAGACUGAACGGAUUUAUCGCUUCUUUUGAUUGGGAAUCGCAAUGUUCAUGCUACCUUCGGAUGCAAGAAGGCUAGAUACUUAUGGUCUUCAAUCUGCAUUGCUAUACCAUGUGUCUUACUGCUCUAACAUUACAUUAAUAUAAGGUACCUUAGCUCUGUGUUAUACACACAAACUGCAGCAAUGAUGGGACAUAACAGUACUAUACCUAAGUCCAAAGAAUUCGAAAACAGCAAAGCGUGGGGCAAAGAAGGGAGACAAUUUUGACUUCUAAAAAUGUUAUGUUAAAUCUCAUACUUUUGAAUACCGUGAUUUAUUUUGCACUUUUUCUGGAUUGUGAUUUGGGUAGCAUAAGUUUUGGGAGGAUGGGGUAAAAUGUUUAUUGUACACCUAUUAAAAAUGUAUCAAAGUCUGUCAUUUUACUUUUUUCUUUUUUUUUUUACUUUAACUUUCAAUAUAAAACCAUUCCUAUGUUGUUCUUUUUAUCAAAGCUGCUCAUACAUAUCUGUCAGGAUGGGAGUUACUUUUAAAGUAAGCUGCCAAAUAAUUUGUAUUGUAUUGGCCAAGCAUCAGUGAAAGCUUUUUCAAUUUGUGCAGAAGCUUUAUAUUUUGAUAAUUAAUGUGCUAUCUUCACUAAAGUGUGUUUAAUCAUAGUAAUAGUGUGCAUGUUAAAUUGGCAUCAUGUAUGCAAUGGCGUGGACAAAUCCAGAAGAAGACUUGUAUGUAACUAUUCUUAAGUCUGUAUAACAAUACAAAGUGAACAAAAAUAUUCUUGCUUCCUAAUGAAAAAGCAAACUUUAAGCAAGUGAUAUAGCUCCUGCACCUAGACAAGUAUUUUACUGAUGCUUUAUGUAAUAUUUUAAUGUGGAACUUCAUUAUCAUGUGUUAUUUCAUCAUAUAGCAACACUAUGUAUUCAAGAAUUCAACUUUAAAUGGCUGGAACAAUGGAAUAUUCUAUAUUCACUUCUAUUAUAUUGUACAUUUUGAUUGUGAUGGGUAAUGGAACUGGGAAUAGGGUUUACGUGGAAAGAGGUUAUAUGGUUCCAUGUCUCAGUAAAAGUUAAAUCAACGUACUGUUAAAUCAUUUCCUUAUUUUAUUUGUCUAUACUAAAUCAGUUGAUUGAAGAAAACUAAAUCUAUAUUCUCUUGAACUUUUGUCCUGUGUGGUAUAUAAUGAUUUGGGUUGUCUCACUUGUUAGACUUGCUUGGGAUGUGGCCUAGGGCCCUUUUACACUGUACCAAUGUCAGUACAGUGCAUGAAAACAAUUACACACAACAGUCAUGAGGGAAUAGAACAUGUCUAGAGGAGGUUUAGUGUUCCUAAAAUAAAGUUACUCACCCAAGAGGAUCAAUCUAUCAUUUCAUUUGGUUUAGUAGGGAACUGGCCCACUUUGACGUUAAUCUAAGCAUGCAUUUCCCUGUGUAUAGUCCUGAGCAACCAGUGAUAUGGAUUUUACAUUGCACAUGUCUGUUUCAGAACAUCAAAAAAAUGCUAAAUAAAAGAAAUUUAACUC